UGGCCGCGGUUUAAAUAGCGUCGGCGCCGGCCUAGAGGGAGCCAGAGAGACGGCAGCGGCCCCGGCCUCCCUCUCCACCGCGCUUCAGCCUCCCGCUCCGCCGCGCUCCAGCCUCGCUCUCCGCCGCCCGCACCGCCGCCCGCGCCCUCACCAGAGCAGCCAUGGAGGAGGUGGUGAUUGCCGGCAUGUCCGGGAAGCUGCCGGAGUCGGAGAACUUGCAGGAGUUCUGGGACAACCUCAUUGGCAGUGUGGACAUGGUCACGGACGAUGACCGUCGCUGGAAGGCGGGGCUCUAUGGCCUGCCCCGGCGGUCCGGCAAGCUGAAGGAUCUGUCUAGGUUUGAUGCCUCCUUCUUCGGAGUCCACCCCAAGCAGGCACACACGAUGGACCCUCAGCUGCGGCUGCUGCUGGAAGUCACCUAUGAAGCCAUCGUGGAUGGAGGCAUCAACCCAGAUUCACUCCGAGGGACACACACUGGCGUCUGGGUGGGCGUGAGCGGCUCUGAGACCUCGGAGGCCCUGAGCCGAGACCCCGAGACACUCGUGGGCUACAGCAUGGUGGGCUGCCAGCGAGCAAUGAUGGCCAACCGGAUCUCCUUCUUCUUCGACUUCAGAGGGCCCAGCAUCGCCCUGGACACGGCCUGCUCCUCCAGCCUGAUGGCCCUGGAGAACGCCUACCAGGCCAUCCACAGCGGGCAGUGCCCUGCCGCCAUCGUGGGGGGCAUCAACAUCCUGCUGAAGCCCAACACCUCUGUGCAGUUCUUGAGGCUGGGGAUGCUCAGCCCCGAGGGCACCUGCAAGGCCUUCGACGCAGCGGGGAACGGGUACUGCCGCUCGGAGGGUGUGGUGGCCGUCCUGCUGACCAAGAAGUCCCUGGCCCGGCGGGUGUACGCCACCAUCCUGAACGCCGGCACCAAUACAGAUGGCUUCAAGGAGCAAGGCGUGACCUUCCCCUCAGGAGAUGUCCAGGAGCAGCUCAUCCGCUCGUUGUACCAGUCGGCCGGAGUGGCCCCUGAGUCAUUUGAGUACGUCGAAGCCCACGGCACAGGCACCAAGGUGGGCGACCCCCAGGAGCUGAAUGGCAUCACCCGAGCCCUGUGUGCCACCCGCCAGGAGCCGCUGCUCAUCGGCUCCACCAAGUCCAACAUGGGGCACCCGGAGCCAGCCUCGGGGCUGGCAGCCCUGGCCAAGGUGCUGCUGUCCCUGGAGCACGGGCUCUGGGUCCCCAACCUCCACUUCCACAGCCCCAACCCUGAGAUCCCAGCGCUGUUGGAUGGGCGGCUGCAGGUGGUGGACCAGCCCAUGCCCGUCCGUGGCGGCAACGUGGGCAUCAACUCCUUUGGCUUCGGGGGCUCCAAUGUGCACGUCAUCCUGAGGCCCAACACGCAGCCACCCCUGGCACCCGCCCCACAUGCCACCCUGCCCCGUCUGCUGCGGGCCAGCGGACGCACCCCCGAGGCUGUGCGGAAGCUGCUGGAGCAGGGCCUCCAGCACAGCCAGGACCUGGCUUUCCUCAGCAUGCUGAAUGACAUCGCCGCCGUCCCCGCCACUGCCAUGCCCUUCCGUGGCUACGCCGUGCUGGGUGGUGAGCGCGGUGGCCCAGAGGUGCAGCAGGUGCCCGCUGGCGAGCGCCCGCUCUGGUUCAUCUGCUCUGGGAUGGGCACACAGUGGCGCGGGAUGGGGCUGAGCCUCAUGCGCCUGGACCGCUUCCGAGAUUCCAUCCUGCGCUCCGAUGAGGCUGUGAAGCCGUUAGGCCUGAAGGUGUCACAGCUGCUGCUGAGCACAGACGAGAGCACCUUUGAUGACAUCGUCCACGCCUUCGUGAGCCUGACCGCCAUCCAGAUAGGCCUCAUAGACCUGCUCAGCUGCAUGGGGCUGAGGCCAGAUGGCAUCAUCGGCCACUCCCUGGGGGAGGUGGCCUGUGGCUACGCCGACGGCUGCCUGUCCCAGGAGGAGGCCGUCCUCGCUGCCUACUGGAGGGGACAGUGCAUCAAAGAAGCCCAUCUCCCGCCGGGCGCCAUGGCAGCCGUGGGUUUGUCCUGGGAGGAGUGUAAACAGCGCUGCCCCCCGGGCGUGGUGCCCGCCUGCCACAACUCCAAGGACACAGUCACCAUCUCGGGACCUCAGGCCCCGGUGUUUGAGUUCGUGGAGCAGCUGAGGAAGGAGGGUGUGUUUGCCAAGGAGGUGCGGACCGGCGGUUUGGCCUUCCACUCCUACUUCAUGGAGGCCAUCGCACCCCCACUGCUGCAGGCGCUCAAGAAGGUGAUCCGGGAGCCGAAGCCACGUUCAGCCCGCUGGCUCAGCACCUCUAUCCCCAAGGCCCAGUGGCACAGCAGCCUGGCACGCACGUCCUCCGCCGAGUACAACGUCAACAACCUGGUGAGCCCUGUGCUGUUCCAGGAGGCCCUGUGGCAUGUGCCUGAGCACGCGGUGGUGCUGGAGAUCGCGCCCCACGCCCUGCUGCAGGCUGUCCUGAAGCGUGGCCUGAAACCGAGCUGCACCAUCAUCCCCCUGAUGAAGAAGGAUCACAGGGACAACCUGGAGUUCUUCCUGGCCGGCAUCGGCAGGCUGCACCUCUCAGGCAUCGACGCCGACCCCAAUGCCUUGUUCCCACCUGUGGAGUUCCCAGCUCCCCGAGGAACCCCCCUCAUCUCCCCACUCAUCAAGUGGGACCACAGCCUGGCCUGGGACGUGCCGGCCGCCGAGGACUUCCCCAACGGCUCUGGUUCCCCCUCGGCCGCCGUCUACAACAUCGACACCAGCUCCGAGUCUCCUGACCACUACCUGGUAGACCACACCAUCGAUGGUCGCAUCCUCUUCCCUGCCACUGGCUACCUGAGCAUAGUGUGGAAGACGCUGGCCCGCGCCCUGGGCCUGGCCAUCGAGCAGCUGCCCGUGGUGUUUGAGGACGUGGUGCUGCACCAGGCCACCAUCCUGCCCAAGACUGGGACAGUGUCCUUGGAGGUACGGCUCCUGGAAGCCUCCCGAACCUUUGAGGUGUCAGAGAACGGCAACCUGGUAGCGAGUGGGAAGGUGUACCAGUGGGAUGACCCUGACCCCAGGCUCUUCGACCACCCGGAAAGCCCCACCCCCGACCCCGCGGAGCCCCUCUUCCUGGCCCAGGCUGAAGUUUACAAGGAGCUGCGUCUGCGCGGCUACGACUACGGCCCUCACUUCCAGGGCAUUCUGGAGGCCAGCCUGGAAGGUGACUCAGGGAGGCUGCUGUGGAAGGAUAACUGGGUGAGCUUCGUGGACACCAUGCUGCAGAUAUCCAUCCUGGGCUUGGCCAAGCACGGCCUGUACCUGCCCACCCGUAUCACCGCCAUCCACAUCGACCCUGCCACCCACAGGCAGAAGCUGUACAUGCUGCAGGACAAGGCCCAAGUGGCCGACGUGGUGGUGAGCAGGUGGCUGAAGGUCAUAGUGGCCGGAGGCGUCCACAUCUCCAGGCUCCACACUGAGUCAGCCCCGCGGCGGCAGCAGGAGCAGCAGGUGCCCAUCCUGGAGAAGUUUUGCUUCACUCCCCACAUAGAGGAGGGGUGCCUGUCUGAGCACGCUGCCCUGCAGGAGGAGCUGCAACUGUGCAAGGGGCUGGCGCAGGCACUGCAGACCAAGGUGACCCAGCAGGGGCUGAAGAUGGCGGUGCCUGGACUGGAUGGGGCCCAGGUCCCCCGGGACCCCUCACAGCAGGAACUGCCCCGGCUGUUGUCGGCUGCCUGCAGGCUUCAGCUCAACGGGAACCUGCAGCUAGAGCUGGCACAGGUGCUGGCCCAGGAGAGGCCCAAGCUGCCAGAGGACCCCCUGCUCAGCGGCCUCCUGGACUCCCCAGCACUCAAGGCCUGCCUGGACACUGCCGUGGAGAACAUGCCCAGCCAGAAGAUGAAGGUGGUGGAGGUGCUGGCUGGCCAUGGUCACCUGUAUUCCCGCAUCCCAGGCCUGCUCAGCCCCCAUCCCCUGCUGCAGCUGAGCUACACGGCCACCGAUCGCCACCCCCAGGCCCUGGAGGCUGCCCAGGACAAGCUGCAGCAACACGACGUUGCCCAGGGCCAGUGGGAUCCUGCAGACCCUGCCCCCAGCGCCCUGGGCAGCGCUGACCUCCUGGUGUGCAACUGUGCUGUGGCUGCCCUCGGGGACCCGGCCUCAGCUCUCAGCAAUAUGGUGGCUGCCCUGAGAGAAGGGGGCUUCCUGCUGCUGCACACACUGCUCCGGGGGCACCCCCUCGGGGACACCGUGGCCUUCCUCACCUCCGCCGAGCCACAGUACGGCCAGGGCAUCCUGAGCCAGGACGCAUGGGAGAGCCUCUUCUCCAGGGUGUCGCUGCGCCUGGUGGGCCUGAAGAAGUCCUUCUACGGCUCCACGCUCUUCCUGUGCCGCCGGCCCGUCCCGCAGGACAGCCCCAUCUUCCUGCCGGUGGACGACACCAGCUUCCGCUGGGUGGAGUCUCUGAAGGGCAUCCUGGCUGACGAAGACUCCUCCAGGCCUGUGUGGCUGAAGGCCAUCAACUGCGCCACCUCGGGCGUGGUGGGCUUGGUGAACUGUCUCCGCCGAGAGCCCGGCGGGAACCGCCUCCGGUGUGUGCUGCUCUCCAACCUCAGCAGCACCUCCCGCGUCCCGGAGGUGGACCCGGGCUCCGCGGAACUGCAGAAGGUGUUGCAGGGAGACCUGGUGAUGAACGUCUACCGCGACGGGGCCUGGGGGGCUUUCCGUCACUUCCUGCUGGAGGAGGACAAGCCUGAGGAGCCGACGGCACACGCCUUUGUGACCACCCUCACCCGGGGGGACCUGUCCUCCCUCCGCUGGGUCUGCUCCUCGCUGCGCCACGCCCAGCCCGCCCGCCCUGGCGCCCAGCUCUGCACGGUCUACUACGCCUCCCUCAACUUCCGCGACAUCAUGCUGGCCACUGGCAAGCUGUCCCCUGAUGCCAUCCCAGGGAAGUGGACCUCCCAGGACAGCCUGUUAGGUAUGGAGUUCUCGGGCCGAGAUGCCAGCGGCAAGCGUGUGAUGGGACUGGUGCCUGCCAAGGGCCUGGCCACCUCUGUCCUGCUGUCAUCGGACUUCCUCUGGGAUGUGCCCUCCAACUGGACCCUGGAGGAGGCGGCCUCAGUGCCCAUCGUCUACAGCACGGCCUACUAUGCACUGGUGGUGCGCGGGCGGGUGCGCCCCAGGGAGACGGUGCUCAUCCACUCGGGCUCGGGUGGCGUGGGCCAGGCCGCCAUCGCCAUCGCCCUCAGUCUGGGCUGCCGCGUCUUCACCACCGUGGGGUCGGCUGAGAAGCGGGCGUACCUCCAGGCCAGGUUCCCCGAGCUCGACAGCACCAGCUUCGCCAACUCCCGGGACACGUCCUUCGAGCAGCAUGUGCUGUGGCACACGGGUGGGAAGGGCGUUGACUUGGUCUUGAACUCCUUGGCGGAAGAGAAGCUGCAGGCCAGCGUGAGGUGCUUGGCUAUGCACGGUCGCUUCCUGGAAAUUGGCAAAUUCGACCUUUCUCAGAACCACCCACUCGGCAUGGCCAUCUUCCUAAAGAACGUGACAUUCCACGGGAUCCUGCUGGAUGCGGUCUUCGACAGCAGUGCCGACUGGCGGGAGGUGUCGGCGCUUGUGCAGGCCGGCAUCCGGGAUGGGGUGGUACGGCCCCUCAAGUGCACGGUGUUCCCCAGGACCCAGGUGGAGGAUGCUUUCCGCUACAUGGCCCAAGGGAAGCACGUUGGCAAAGUUGUCGUGCAGGUGCUUUCGGAGGAGCCAGAGGCAGUGCUGAAGGGGGCCAAACCCAAGCUGAUGUCAGCCAUCUCCCAGACCUUCUGCCCGGCCCACAAGAGCUACAUCAUCGCUGGUGGUCUGGGUGGCUUCGGCCUGGAGUUGGCGCAGUGGCUGAUACAGCGCGGGGUGCAGAAGCUCGUGUUGACCUCUCGCUCCGGGAUCCGGACAGGCUACCAGGCCAAGCAGGUCCGCCGGUGGAGGCGCCAGGGCGUACAGGUGCAGGUGUCCACCAGCAACAUCAGCUCACUGGAGGGGGCCCGGGGCCUCAUUACCGAGGCGGCGCAGCUUGGGCCUGUGGGCGGCGUCUUCAACCUGGCCAUGGUCUUGAGAGACGCCAUGCUGGAGAACCAGACCCCAGAGUUCUUCCAGGACGUCUGCAAGCCCAAGUACAGCGGCACCCUGAACCUGGACAGGGUGACCCGAGAGGCGUGCCCUGAGCUGGACUACUUUGUGGUCUUCUCCUCUGUGAGCUGCGGACGCGGCAAUGCAGGACAGAGCAACUACGGCUUUGCCAAUUCCGCCAUGGAGCGCAUCUGUGAGAAACGCCGGCACGAAGGCCUCCCAGGCCUGGCCGUGCAGUGGGGCGCCAUCGGCGACGUGGGCAUUUUGGUGGAGACGACGAGCACCAACAACACGAUCGUCAGUGGCACGCUGCCCCAGCGCAUGGCCUCUUGCCUGGAGGUGCUGGACCUCUUCCUGAACCAGCCCCACAUGGUCCUGAGCAGCUUCGUGCUGGCUGAGAAGGCUGCGGCCUACAGGGACAGGAACAGCCAGCAGGACCUGGUGGAGGCCGUGGCACACAUCCUGGGCAUCCGCGACUUGGCUGCUGUCAACCUGGACAGCUCACUGGCGGACCUGGGCCUGGACUCGCUCAUGAGCGUGGAGGUGCGCCAGACGCUGGAGCGUGACCUCAACCUGGUGCUGUCCGUGCGCGAGGUGCGGCAGCUCACGCUCCGGAAACUGCAGGAGCUGUCCUCAAAGGCGGAUGAGGCCAACGAGCUGGCAUCCCCCACGCCCAAGGAGGAUGGUCUGGCCCAGCAGCAGACUCAGCUGAACCUGCGCUCCCUGCUGGUGAACCCGGAGGGCCCCACCCUGAUGCGGCUCAACUUGGUGCAGAGCUCGGAGCGGCCCCUGUUCCUGGUGCACCCAAUCGAGGGCUCCACCGCCGUGUUCCACAGCCUGGCCUCCCGGCUCAGCAUCCCCACCUAUGGCCUGCAGUGCACCCGAGCUGCGCCCCUCGACAGCAUCCACAGCCUGGCUGCCUACUACAUCGACUGCAUCAGGCAGGUGCAGCCCGAGGGCCCCUACCGCGUGGCCGGCUACUCCUACGGGGCUUGCGUGGCCUUUGAAAUGUGCUCCCAGCUGCAGGCCCAGCAGAGCCCGGCCCCCACCCACAACAGCCUCUUCCUGUUCGACGGCUCGCCCACCUACGUACUGGCCUACACCCAGAGCUACCGGGCGAAGAUGACCCCAGGCUGUGAGGCUGAGGCCGAGACGGAGGCCCUGUGCUUCUUCGUGCAGCAGUUCACGGACAUGGAGCACAACAGGGUGCUGGAGGCGCUGCUGCCGCUGAAGGGCCUGGAGGAGCGUGUGGCAGCCGCCGUGGACCUGAUCAUCAAGAGCCACCAGGGCCUGGACCGCCAGGAGCUGAGCUUCGCAGCCCUGUCCUUCUACUACAAGCUGCGUGCCGCUGAGCAGUACACACCCAAGGCCAAGUACCAUGGCAACGUGAUGCUACUGCGCGCCAAGACGGGUGGCGCCUACGGCGAGGACCUGGGCGCGGACUACAAUCUCUCCCAGGUAUGCGAUGGGAAAGUAUCCAUCCACGUCAUCGAGGGCGACCACCGCACGCUGCUGGAGGGCAGCGGCCUGGAGUCCAUCGUCAGCAUCAUCCACAGCUCCCUGGCUGAGCCACGUGUGAGCGUGCGGGAGGGCUAGGCCCGUGCCCCCGCCUGCCACCGGAGGCCACUCCACCAUCCCCACCCCACUCCACCCCACCCCACCCCACCCCCGCCAUGCAACGGGAUUGAAGGGUCCUGCCGGUGGGACCCUGUCUGGCCCAGUGCCACUGCCCCCCGAGGCUGCUAGACGUAGGUUAGGCACGUCCCACCCACCCGCCGCCUCCCACGGCACCUCGGGGACACCAGAGCUGCCGACUUGGAGACUCUUGGUCUGUGAAGAGCCGGUGGUGCCCGCAGGAACUGGGCUGGGCCUCGUGCACCCAUGGGGUCUAGGCUUGGUCUUUCUGUGCUUGGAUUUGCAUAUUUAUUGCAUUGCUGGUAGAGACCCCCAGGCCUGUCCACCCUGCUAAGACUCCUCAGGCAGCGUGUGGGUCCUGCACUCUGCCCCCAUUUCCCCAAUGUCCCCUGCGGGCGCGGGCAGCCACCCAGGCCUGCUGGCUGCGGGCCCCUCUCGGCCAGGCAUUGGCUCAGCCCGCUGAGUGGGAGGUCGUGGGCCAGUCCCCAAGGAGCUGGACCCCUGCACAGGCACAUAGUGCCUGGCCACACCCAUGAUGCAGGGCUGCCUCCAACCCUGCGGACCGGGCCGGGCACCAACUCCGUGUUUGCUGUUUGUCUGUGUUUGUUUUUCAAGAAAUGAUUCAAAUUGCUGCUUGGAUUUUGAAAUUUACUGUAACUGUCAGUGUACACGUCUGGACCCUGUUUCAUUUUUACACCAAUUUGGUAAAAAUGCUGCUCUCAGCCUCCCACAAUUAAACCGCAUGUAAUCUCUA